GUCCAGCUCAUCACGCAUAAAACAUGGACUAUUUGCUGGAAGAGCUCGAGAGAUUGGGCGCCAAUGCACUCAACAGUGAUUCCCAGUAAGAAGCCAACGAGAAGGAUAUUAAAAGCUGGCAAAAACUCUUUGGCUUCUCAUACAAUGACGCAAGAGACAAGAUACAAAGUAACAGAGCAGAUCUUGAACGUCGAAGAAUCUCUGUUGAACUAUGGCUCGGCAUGAAAGCUUCGAAAGGAUUGCAAGGUCACAAUCGUGAGAGUUACGAGUAUGAGCUCUUUCGUCGCUCGAAAGUCAGUACUACAACCGACUCAAGACAGGCUGUGGUCUCCAAAAGCUCUCUGCGCGGUUUGUUACUCACCGGACCUCUAGCAACACCAGAAAAAGUCCAAACCAUUGCAGGACUUUCGGAGCCACCCCUUGUGACAGCAGCAGAGUCAGAAGAAACAGAUAGCUCCACGAGUUUCUGCUACGUUACUGCCGGCGAGGAACAACUGAUUCUAAAAGGACUUUGCGACCAUGGCAUCGUCGACUUUCAACCCUGCUUCAUCACCAUGAACAUUGCAGCCAAAGAUCUACAUACUUCUGCAUCUCCCACUCUAAGUCUAUCGGAACCCACAUUGCCGCAACAUCGUCCGGAUAGCGUGGAAGAUCUGGUACAGCAGGACCAAUAUCCGGUGAUCUAUUUCUUCUACGGUACGCUUGCUCAACCAGAGAUUCUGAAACAAGUGCUUGAACUCGAGGAUGAGGUAUUGACUCUGCAACCUGCGUAUGUGUUGGGAGGAACAAUCGAGACUCUGGGGGCAGUACAAGGCUUUAGUGGAUAG